AUGGCAGCGGUGCGAGCGUCUACCAAACUACCCGGAGCGCGCGGACAGAAAGUCAGCAGGAAACAUUAUUUACAUUUAUGUUACCAAUUUAAAAUCCAUUAUUGUUUUGUUGUUCUUAGGGCUUAUGGCAAAGUUUGGGCAGAUGCCCAGGGGGCCCUAGAGGAUCUGCUAGAAGAUGAGAUACCCCUGACUCAGCCCCGUCCCCAGAAGGACCGUUUGCAGGUCUUCCAUACACUUGCCACAUUUUACCUCCGUUAUCUCCAGAUCUUCCGGGCUCUGGAAGCAACCUACGACCAAAUGGUUCAUCCCCAGAAGAGACGUGUGGUACGACACGUCCUGGAAGGAGUCAUGGGGAGAUUGGUGGAGCUGAAAAACGAGAUGGUAGAUCUAGAGUACUCGGAGUUUCACUACUUCGAUGAUUUGCUACAAGACCUGAAGAUGACACCAGAAGACCUGGAGGUGCCCAUUCCACACUAUUUUUUAAGAGAGAGGAUGAAAAUACUGAAAGAGAGAGAGAAGAUGCUGGCUCAUAUUCUGGUUAAAAAGGAAAACAUAGAUCCAGAACCAGUACCACUGCAGACUAUGUCUGUGGAAAGAGCAGUGCAGUUGCUGCAGAUAAGUGAACGUGCCCGGCAGGGACGCCUCAGAGCUCGAUUUAUGAGGGAAAUCCGACAGGAGGAAAGGAGAGGCCAGCGACAAGAGAGUAAAAGUACGCAAGACCCAAACCUGUUGGCUACUCUCAUACAGAAGGUGUGGCGUGGUUACCAGCAGAGGAAGAGGACUAAGCAAGAGCGUCUGGAGGAAAUGAUAUUUUUGGGAAUGAUGCCACCUCAACAUCCAGCCCCCAGUCCUGCACAGCAGCAAGCUCAGCACACGGAGAUCAGUAGGCAAAAUAUUCAGGAGAAGCAUGAAGCAGAGUACCAGCAGGCCUUAAUCACCAUUAAGGAGUCAGUUCACAAAGUAGAGGGCCUGGAUAUAAAGGAAACACUCCAGGACCAGAUACGCCAGUGGUUCCUUGAAUGCAGAGAUGCUACUGGAAAGUUCCCGGAUUUCCCAAGUCAGGAGGAUGGAGGAUCGGCUUCCCUAUUUGCACAAAAGACACCAGAGCAGGUUGCUGCUGAGCUUGCUGCUAAAUUAGAAGAGAGGCAGAAGAAGAAAUCUAAGAAGAAAAAAGACAAGAAUGAACGUAAGGACAAGAAGGGCAAGUCAAAAGGCAAAAGCAAGAAAGCUGAGAAGGAGGAGAAAGAGGAGGGAUGGAAGAUGAGUGCCAGUAACUUCCUGCCCACUGUGGCUGAAGGAGCUAACAUAUACAGAGAGGUUUGGCAGACCCGAGAUGAGGCUCAGAACUUCAACCAGCGGUUUGAUCCUCAGCUGGUACGAGAAGAAAAGAGACUGGAGGUAGAAGAGGAGGUCAGAGUUCAGGUGGAUGAGCUGAUGAGGCAGGAGUUGAAGAACCUCAAAUUGGCAGUGGAUCGAGAGAAGGGCAAGAAAAAGAAGAAGGGGAAGAAGGCCAGUAAAAAGAAAAAGAAGAAAGGAAAAAAGAAUGGUAAAAAGAAAAAGAAGAAAGAGAAGGAUCUAACUGCAGAAAGGACUAUUGAAUCCCUGUAUGAGGAGCUUGUCCUGGAAGGAAUCUUGAUUCAACCAACAAACGUCAGACUGUCUGAUUACCUUGGGGAGUACAGUUACCUGGGUACGAGCCUGAGGCAGGCAGAUAUUGAGCCCAUGCCCUCUCUUUCAGACGUCAGACAGCUCAUUGCUCUAUAUUGUGUGUUGCCUUUGGGCUCCCAGUGUGUCCAUGAGAGAGGACCUCUAAUCCCCUCUGUGCUUUUGGCUGGCCCGUCAGGGGUGGGCAAAAAAAUGCUCCUGCAUGCACUGUGCACUGAGACUGGUGCCAACCUGUUCAACCUCUCCCCUGCCAAUCUGACAGGCAAAUAUCCAGGCAGGAGUGGACUCCAGUACCUCCUUCACAUGGUUCUCAAGGUGGCUCGCCAGCUGCAACCCUCUGUCAUUUGGAUCGGAGACGCUGAGAAAACAUUCUACAAGAAAGUCCCAAAACCAGAAAAAGAGAUGGAGCCCAAAAGGCUGAAGAAGGACUUACCAAAGCUGGUGAAGUCGAUUAAAGCAGAAGAUCGUGUGCUGCUGAUUGGAACCUCUCGCAGACCCUUUGAUGCAGACCCCAAACCAUUCUGUAAAGUUUACAAAAAGAUCAUACUGAUACCCAGACCAGACUACUCUUCAAGACUAAUUCUGUGGAAAGAGAUGCUCAGAAUACGAGGGGCUCACCUCAACCUCAAUCUGGACCUAAGCUCACUAGCUAAAGUCACUGAUGGCUACACCCAAGCUCACAUCCUGAAGGCCGUGCAGAGUGUCUUGACUUCUCAUCGCCUCAGUCAACAAGUCAAAAGACCCCUUACUGCAGUGGAGUUUAUUCCACCUCUCGCCAGGCAAGACCCUGUUUAUAAAGAGGAGGAGGAAGCCUUUAAGGCUUGGUACAGCCGGACUCCACUUGGCAAAAGACGGAUUCGAGCAACAAAGGCUUUUGAAGAAGCAAUAGAGCUGAAAAAAGGAAAAAAGAAACCUGGAAAAACCUUAAAGAUGGAGGGAAAGAGUAGAAAAAUAAAGAAGUAAAGAGUUUGCUCUGUUUGUUCUAAUCCAUGGUUAUAAUAUUUCAUUUCUAUUCAUAAAAUGUGUGUCGAUUGUGUCGCAUGUAUUUCCACAGAGCUUUUCAAUAAAUGCAAUGUAUUCUUUA